UGGCGCAAACACGCUGUUUUCGGGAAGCAGGAUACGUGCGUCUAGGCCUAGAAGUGUUUCGAGGAAAGGAAGUGGACUGCGGAGGAGGUGAUUAGCGUUCGUGUUUUCGGUGGAUUGUUCCGAGAAAGUCGAGGGCACACAUAUCCGGGAGGGUUGGCACAAGAAUUGGUUUCUUCGGUGUCCCAGGUGGGCUUUGGAAAACAAGAUACUCGUGUGUCGCGGUCGUACUCUGUGAGGGAAAAGUCUGAAUUUGAUGCAGCAGUUUAGCAUUUGCUUUGAAUUACGGUGGCAAUGGAAAAAGCUUCCUCCUUGCUAGCAGGAAAGUGCUUGUGAAACUGUAUUCGAAGGAGAAUAGGUUAGACGAAGGCUGCUGCAGAAGUGAGUCAACAGCAGGUUGUGAAGUGUUUUGAGCACAUAAGAAAGUGAAAAAAAUAAUGAAUGAAGUGACGACCAAGAAGAAAUGUUGAAUGAAGGUUUUGCUUCCUGUGUCCCUAUUUGUUGAAUCGUAUUUGGCUGGAAAAGGACGACGUCUGCAUACAUCAUUGUGACUUGCCAAACGAUUGUCGAGCAACCGAAGCAGUCAACCAAAAAAUGUUCCAGAUCAAAAGUUGCCAUCCGACCCGCAUGAAUCAUUGCAAAAGAGCAACUCACUUGUGAAUGUCGACGUUGGAGUUUAUGAUUCAGAAAAUUUCGAUUGUAACAUAGUUGCAAACGGAAAAGUGCCCACGCAAAGCAUCAUCACAUUCAAUCGAGCUCUGACCACAGUUUGUGACUUCAUAAAGCUGAUCAUCAAACGAUACGAGGACCGAACGCUCGGGACGCCGGCUGUUAAACUGAGGGCUCACCUAACGGGGAGCACUUGUGGAGAAGCUGAAAAUGAAAUUUAAUGGUUUCGUGAAUGUUUUAUGCUGCAAACUGGUGCUAAUUAUUUAUUUAGCCGAUGGAAAGCAGAUGCACGAGAAGGACAAACACGAGCCUUACAGCGUGGAUGGCGUCGAGGGACGCAGUAUCGAGUUACAAUGCCCAAUUACGGUCCCAUUGCACGAGGUGAGCAUGGUGCUCUGGUUCAAAGACAACGCCGGGAUUCCUCUGUACAGCGUGGACGUACGUGACAGAAUUGGUCGACAGCCGGCGCAUUGGUCGGCUCCUGAAGUAUUUGGCUCACGUGCCAAGUUCAAUAUUGAUAAAUCACCUGCAUCGCUGCUGAUAAAGAACCUAAAACGACACGACCAAGGUAUCUACCGGUGUAGGAUCGACUUCCGAACGAUUCAAACGCAGACAUAUCGAUACAAUUUAUCUGUUAUAGUGCUACCGGAGCAACCAGUGGUUCUGGAUCGCUGGGGACGGUUGAUGAAUGGAACCAAGCUUGGACCCAAGGAGGAAGGCGAUGACGUCGUUAUCACAUGUCGCGUUUCAGGAGGUCGACCGCAGCCCGAAGUACGGUGGUUGAUCAACGGCAUUAUUGUGGACGACCAGUACGAACAAAAUUCCGGCGAUAUAAUAGAAAAUCGGUUGCUGUGGCCGACAAUCCAGCGCAGCGAUCUAAAUUCGAUAUUUACCUGCCAGACCAUGAACACUAAGCUCGUCGAAGCGAAGGAAACUAGUUACGUGCUGGAUUUACAUUUAAAACCACUGUCGGUGAAAAUAAUUGAUCCACCGCAAGCACUGGUGGCGGAGAAUCGUUACGAAGUGUCCUGUCGAAGCUGGGGCUCCAGACCUCACGCCAUCAUAACUUGGUACAAGGGUAAACGUGAAAUGACGCACACCAAGGACGAUACCCAGAACCACAACACCACCGUCUCCACGCUGAUAUUCUCGCCGAAAAUCGAUGACGAUGGCAAAAAUAUGACAUGCAGAGCGGAGAACCCCUCCGUCAAGGGGUGGUUCCUGCAAACUACCUGGAAAAUGAAUGUUGUCUAUGCUCCACUCGUUUCGAUCCAACUGGGUUCCACAUUGGUCGCCGACGAUAUCAAGGAGGGAGACGAUGUUUACUUCGAGUGCCACGUGAAAUCAAACCCUUCCUGGAAGAAACUGCUGUGGUUCCAUGAUGACACUCUUCUGCUGCACAAUUCUUCCGCCCGGGUUAUCCAAACCAACCAGAGCCUGGUCCUGCAGAAGGUGGUGAAACAGUCGGCCGGAUAUUACGCUUGCAGUGCAAUCAACGGCGAAGGGGAAACCGUCAGCAAUCAGCAGUUUCUUCGGGUGAAGCAUGCUCCGGUGUGUGGCCACGAAAGAGUCGUCCUAAUUGGUGCAUCGAAAAACGAAAAUAUGGAAAUUUUAUGCGAGAUUUAUGCAGAUCCACCGGCCAGAUCCUUUCACUGGCGGUUCAACAAUUCGGCGGAAAUUCUCGAAGUAGACUCGCACCGCUACUCGAAUCAUGGGAAUUUCAGCGUACUUCAGUAUAUUCCCGUGUCCGAACAGGACUACGGUACACUCUCCUGCUGGGCUUCCAAUGAAAUCGGAGUGCAAAGUGAACCAUGCUUGUUCCAGGUGAUUUUAGCCGAUUUGCCUUCUCCGGUGACCAACUGUACAUUCUACAAUCGAACGCAACAGUUUGCCGAGAUCCAAUGUGCGCCUGGCUAUGACGGCGGUCUACCACAGAUGUUUAUGCUGGAAUUAGUCUCCAAAAGGACCGGCACGAGAAGAUUCAACUUCUCCAACAAGCACGAACCAUACUUCAUGCUGGAUCACCUGGAAAAGCUUAGCGCGCUGAUGGCUGCGGAAAACAACUCCCUGUCGUGUAUAGUCUUCGCCAUCAAUCAGAAGGGGGCCAGCCGCGGAGUAAUCAUUCCCAAUUUCGAAAUCGGCCACAUGCACCCAUUCCAAUCAGCUAGCAAACACUCGACGGAAUGGCUUCCGAUAGCACUCGGCGCUCUACUUACCGUCAUAAUAUUGGCUCUCUCAAUUUCCACCAAAGCGUACUUUGGCCAGUGCUGGAUCAGCUGUCGUCGCCAAAGCGAAACAGACCAACCGAAUGACGUGAAAAUCACCCAACAAACAAAAAAUAUUGUGAUAUCAAACGAUUUCGAGUGUGGUACCAAUUGUCUGAAGCGGAAAAGUACACAAACGCACAACCAUCAGCACCAGCAGCAACAACAGCAGCACAGGAGCAGCUUGCGAAAGAAAGCCACGUCAAAGGAUGCCAACGAUGACGAACCGGACCCGGAUGUUAUUCCAGCCCAGUUCAAUAUGAUCUCAUCCUCUCCGAUGAUUUCCACUCCGAUGCUGGGAUCGAGGGAAAAGAGCGACAGCUACGCAUUUGUCAACUAUUCGGCAAGUUCGUACUAUCCUAAUCCUAUUGACCUGACGAAUCUCAGCACCGGCAUGGGAUUGGACUGCUCAACAGCGUCCUUCAUGGUCGGCGGCCACCCGGUAGCAAUGGCCCUGGAGAGUAGUGGAGGUGGUGGACAUCAUUCUGGGCUUGCACAAAACAACGGACCUGUCCAACAUCCAAGUGCAACGGCCAGUAGUAUUUGCGCAACUUCCACCGGUGGCUCGGAUCUGGACAUCAAUGUGAUUAAGGAUCGCCUCAUGACGACACGUGUACCGGAGAGUUGUGUCUGACCGGUGACCAGCGAAGUCUUCGUGCCUCGUUUGACUCGAUUUUCCAACCACAACGAGGCGAAUCGUUGCUGCUCCGGUGGCUAGCAACAACAACAACCAUAUCUCUGUCUGUAGCUUGAAAUCGUCGCGCUGUACAUUCGACAAAUCUUUUCGUCCCAUGUGCUGAAAAGGUGUGCUACUGUGAACCGUUUUCUACUGACGCUAGUAGAGUGAAGUCUUACCGAGUAUUUUAGGAGAUUAAAGUAUGUUGUACUGAUUUGUAA